CAAAAAGUCCCAGACAGGGUGGGAUUUUGACCAAAGGGGACUAGGCGCCAAAGGACUGGACAUUCAAGGGACUGGACGUUUAAGGACAAUUCCACGGGACAGGACAAGGAGUGCUGAUAGAUUCUUUAAACAGAGAAGAUGUCCUUUCUACUACAAUGCUUGCCAUGUUUUGAUUCCCCAGCUGUUUUACGCAUAAACAAGGCGCAGUUCAAGAUCCUCAAGCUAUUAGGAGAAGGUGGGUUCAGCUAUGUCUACGAAGUCCAGGCUUCUUCUAACGGCGCCGCGUACGCGCUGAAGAAGAUACGUUGUCCCUUUGGAGCUGAGAGUGUUAAAGUGGCGAUGAAGGAGGUUUACAACUACAAGGAGUUCCAUUCCCCAUAUAUCAUCCGUGCAGUGGAUUCGAGCGUUGUUCAAGAGGAGGAUGGGUCGAAAACGGUUUACAUUCUUCUGCCCUACUUUGACAGCUCUUUACAAGAUUUGAUAAACAAGAAUGUCAUCGAGAAUACGCAUAUGAGUGAAGAGGAAGCGACACGGAUCUUCAUAGGGAUGUGUCGUGGAGUUCAGGCCAUGCAUAGACACCACCUGGGGGAGAACACCGAGGCAGAUGCCCUACUGGAUACCUCGUCUACAAACGACAAUUCCACCUUGAGCACCACGCCCCCCUUGGACGAUGACGAUGAGGACCACAUCGAACUAACCGAGCUACAAGAUACAGUGGCUUUUGCACAUAAGGAUAUCAAGCCGGCUAAUGUCAUGAUCUCGAAAGACGGCAUGCCAGUGCUCUGCGACCUGGGCAGCUGCUCCAAAGCCAGAGUCAAAGUUAAGACUAGAAGCAUGGCAGUUGCCUUGCAAGAACUAGCAGCUGAGCACUGCACGCUGCCUUAUAGGGCCCCAGAGUUGUUAGAUGUGAAGACCGGGUCCACCAUCGACGAAAAGAUCGAUAUAUGGUCCCUGGGAUGCACAUUGUACGCGCUGAUGUACGGCUCUUCGCCCUUUGAGAGGGAGGAGAACAUAAGCGGCGGCAGCAUCACCAUGGCCAUAUCGAACAACAAGUACUCGUUCCCUAACGAUGACGACUACAUCUAUUCCGACAAGCUAAAGGCCCUGGUGUCCAUGUGUCUCGUGGUUGAUCCAGUUGAAAGACCAAGCAUAGAGCAAGUGCUGGCAAAGGCCUUGGAAGUACAAGGCUGA